UGCUCAGAAGGCAGUUAAAACCAUUCUGUUAUCAGGCAAAAAAACAGUGAAUCCUCUGCAGUGAAGGGGGCGGAACAAGGAAGUAGAUAAAUAUAUAUAUAUGUAGGUUUCAGUUUCAUGUAACACUGAGAUGUGAUGAAAGUGUCUCUGCAAGGCAAUCGUACACCUUGAAAGAAAUGGAGAUGACAAGAUAUAGAACGGUGAUAAGAUUCGUCCUCGGUGCUGGGAUGUUUUUUCAAUGCUGUCAUUCACAUGUGAAUUGCAGGAAUGACCAUGGACAUGAAGUUGACUGGUAUAUUUUAUACAAGCUGCCCAAUGUGAAUAAUGGUGGUUUGGCAUAUCUGUACAUGGAUAAGAGCACGAAUGGAUGGAAUCGCAGCAGAAAGAAUAUCGACAGUACAUCUGGCACUCUGGCGAACACCUUGAAACCUCUUCUUGACUUCUACAAGAGAAAGAUGGAAGGCUUUGGAUAUAUGCUCUAUAAUGAUCAACCGCCAGAUUCAAAUCCUGCUCCUGCAUCAUUUGGCCACAGUAAAGGAGUUGUGCUGUUGGACAAACAAACUGGGGUUUGGCUCUCACACAGCACACCAAAAUUCCCAAGCUAUCGCACAAAGGACUUCUGGCCAACAAGUGGAAAUGCUAAUGGUCAAACAUUUAUGUGUGUGACUUACUCCUACAAUGAAUUUAGAGAAAUUGGACUGCAGCUCAAGUACAUCCAUGCUUAUCCCUAUGACUCUGACAUACCGAAAACCUUUCACGAGGAGCUGCGAUGUGUUGCACAACGAAGUUGCUACCCAAAGAGGGCGCCCUGGUUUAGAGAGAAGAUCCUGACAUCAGUGGAAGGACAUAAGUUCCACAGCUUUGCAAAAUACCAUCGUUUUGGGGAUGAUCUUUACUCUGGGCUUAUCGUAAAAGGUUUGCAACAGGAUCUGUACGUCAAGAGCUGGGGAAAGAUGAAACGCCCUCUGCCUUCUAACUGCAGCAUCCCUAAUCAUGUGUACAAUGUGUACAAAGUGCAGCCUCCCAAAAUGCCGCCUCCCAAAAUGCCGCCCUUCAUGGACACAGUGGAUCACUCCAAGUGGUGUGUGACACCAGACAGGGGCCGGACCUGCAUCGCCGACAUGAACAGGGAGAUGAGUCAGAUGAGCAGAGGUGGAGGAGCCAUAUGCACUGAUGAUGCGGCAGUCGGUGAAGCUUUCUAUGCCAUGAUAACAAAGUACAAACCGUGCAACAGUGAACGUAAAAAUUCUAAUACUCAGCUCAGAGAGCUUUAAAGGCACAACCCUCGUCAGAAAGGUUUCGUUAUCAAAAAAAAACAAAAGUAAAAACAGGAACCUAAUAUGACAUAUCCGGAUACACGGACAUGUUGUUGUGCAUUAAUUAUAGAAGUUUUACAUAUCAUAGUUAUUUUAGUAGAUUUUUUAUAGCCUGUCUUUUAUUGUCUGUGUGGUUUAUAUUUCUUAUCGAAAGACUGCGUUGUUCUUAUCUUUUAAAAUACAGUUUUUAAGCAUUAAAAGAAAUAAAAAGAA